AUGCAAAGACGCGCUAGCUACCAGUAUACUGCCGCUACCCCCACCCCGUUCAGAAACCCGGGGGGGGAGCAACUGCAAAUUAAGAUCUCGGAUUAUGCCGAGUGCCACAAGACGCAGAACCGUAUUGCUCAGCGCAACUACCACAAGUCCUGUGACCGCUCGUACAGGAAUAAGCCCAAGAAAAGGUUCGAAAACCUCAAGGGCCUAGCCACCUCUGAAUGUGCUUCCUCAGUACAGAAGCCCGUAGAGCUGCAGCAACCCUUCCAUAGCCAAGUCCGACUCCCCCCUUUGUCGUAUUCGACUUACCCAGCCCCCGACUCGGUGUCUUACACCGCCGCGGAUGUAUCCACCACGAUGACUCCGGAAAUGUCGAGGUACCCUCCCUCUUUUCCACCACUCCUCACAGCUUACCCAAAAAUAGCGAAUAGCCCUAUGGACUCGAUAAAUAGUGGAUGCUGCGGCGACGAUGAGAUAAGCCCUUUUGGUGUACACUAUGCGAAGAUAGCGGGGAUGACGGAACUCGUCUCUGCGGGAUAUUUAUUUGAAUGCCCUUCAACUGUGAAGUUCUUGCUAGUCUUAACCUCGAUCCUACACCAGCUUGCAUCCUUUUACAUGAACGAACUCGCCAACCAACUUGGAAGUGAAGAGCACGACUUGUUGGAUUCUUGGGGUGUAAAGCCAUUUAAACAGGCCUCACCAAGUUCUCCAAGCAACGCCAUGUCACCUUGGUCGGCAGCCACCAGCCAUGCAUCCAACUACAACGAGAAGAAAAAUAUCGUGAAUGUGGGGAGUUCGAGAAGGAAGGAGAGGGCCGGACAGUGUGAAAUCUCUCGUUUAUGCUCAUCUGCAGAGAAUGAACGUUGGUCGUUGCUCGGGGUUAUUGCAAGACAUUACAUUCAAUUGGAUAUCAGACUCAAUCAAACAUCUUUACGUCAAAGAACCUACCAGCUUUUCAUCAUGAAGCUCUUCUACACGUUGUCUCUCUCAACUGCCAUGCUCAUGGCGGCUGUCUCCAGUCUUCCUACUACGGAAGAUAGCAUCACCGAAUUUCCCCUGGAAACUUUGCCAUUUAUCCCAGAUCUCCCGGAAGGGUCCCCGCCAGUCGUUUUCAACGCUGACGGAUCAGUUCUCACUCGGAGGCAGGUUAGUAGAUCAAUUGGUGUGGACGUCUACUAUGAUCCGAAUGGAGGAGGAAGGCAUGAAAAAUUGUGGGUCUUUGAUAAUGGUUGCUUCGACCUAGGAAAUGGUUGGGAUGACCAGAUUACGAGUUUGAAUGUCCCGGGAGAUGUUGGAUGUAACUUCUACCGGUAA